AUGUCUGAUGUCAUUAUAGUCGGUGCUGGCGUGGUUGGCUUGUCCACUGCCUUAGCAAUAGCAGAGGAAUCAACCCGCGACCACUCAAUCACGGUGGCAUCCGAACACAGUCCAGAAGUCAACCCAUACUCACCACAUUACACAUCCUCAUGGGCCGGCGCCCAUUUCCGGCCGUUCCCUUCUAAAGAUCGACACGAACUCAAAGAUUAUCCACUUGCACGUACCACCCUUCUGAAGUUCAAAGACCUUUCACGUGACCAUCCGGAGUCGUCGAUCGAAUUUGUGAAAGGUGUAGAGUACUUCGAAACACCGGACUCCAAAUACAAAUCUUUCGCAGAGGGAUGGAGAGAGAGUGUUGAGAACUUCCGUGUUUUGGAUCAGAGUGAGAUUCCCGAGGGGUGUGUUUUGGGGGUAGAGUACGACACCUUCGUUGUCAAUGCACCAUUAUAUUUGCAGUUUCUUUAUCGCACGUUGAAGUUCAAACACGGCGUAAACUUUGUGCUGGCCAAGUUGAGCAGCCUAGAAGAGAUAACAAAGUUGCAUGGAGUUGAAGGCCGAAAACCAGUAAUCAUCAAUUGCACGGGCCAGGGACUUCAAUGGGGUGGGGGCUAUGACAAGGACUGUUUUUCUAUACGCGGACAGACACUUUUGAUCAACGCUCCAAAUAUCCCCAAAAAUACCAAAUUCACUGUCACGCACCAGCUGAAUGAUGGAUUAUGGACCUUUUACAUCCCGCGGCCUUUGUAUGGAGGGGUCAUUUUGGGUGGCACGAAACAACCCCACGAUACUUACCCAGAACCAAGAGAUGAGGAGACGGAAGCCUUGAAGCAGCGCGGCGCCCGUCUUUUUCCAGAAUUGAUGAGAACAGACGCCAGUGGCAAUAAGUUUUUCGAUGUAGUGCGUGUGAAUGUGGGCUUUCGUCCAGCCAGAAAAGGUGGAGUUAACAUCUCCGAGUCCCAUCAUGAUGGUUACAGAGUGAUCAAUGGCUAUGGCUGUGGGGGGUCUGGGUACGAGUUUUCGUGGGGUGUAGCUAUGAGAGUUGUUCAUCUUCUCGAUACUUCAGUAUCCAAGUUUUAG